AUGGAGCUGGUGGAGCGCCAAGCACAAGAAAUUCAACAAUUAAUGCAACAAAAAGAAAUGGGAGAACAACAAAGGGCUGAAUUCGUGCAAUCACCACAAAGCGCUGAACAAAUUGAGAUAGUUGGGGAAAGAUUUAGAAAAUUAAACCCUCCAAUAUUUGAGGAUGCGUUAGGUUCAACGGCAGUAGAUGAUUGGUUGAGAACUUCGAAAAACAUGUUUACAUACAGUAGAGUCUCAGAAGUGGAGAAAGUUGUUUGUGCAUCCUUUGUGUUGCAAGGUGUGCUAGAUACUGGUGGGAAAGGAUGA